UAGAAGCCAGCCCUUGGGGUCAUCCCAAAGGCCCCUUCCCCAUUUUUGUGACCUCUUUACUUACUUUUUUGGCAUAUAUCUUAUCUUGUGUCCUGAACCCAAUUCAGGGGGCUCCCCCCAUCAGAGCCAGCGAAGUCUUCUUGGCUCUUAAAGUAAUUAGAGCAAGAAUUAGCUGGGUUUGGGAGUAGGGUAAUAGGGUGGGAGGGACUGUUGUGUGUGUAGCCUUUCUUUGGUGUGUGUUGCGGGGGUGGGGGCCGGUGAACGUGAUUUGAUGUGCAGAAUAUUAUUUAUUACAAGGUCCUUCUUCCCCGUAAAACUUUGUCCAAGUACCUCAUGUACGGUAAUCCGCCCGUAAAAUAUAACCCUGCCCAACUGGCCAAUCGCUGAUGCCGCCUCUUCCUCUGGACCCACCCGCUGCUCCUGAGCUGCCCAGUCAGCUGAGUCUGCUAUCCAGGUGUCUUGGCCAGAGGGGGGCAUGUGUAUGGGAUCCUGUGAUGGGCCCCCUUUUGCCUCCCUGCCUUGCUUACAUCAGGGGGCCAAGAAGAGCACUGUUCUGGAGAGACUUGUAUUGAGAAAGCAAAAAGCAUUUGGAAAGGGGUGGACUUGCAUCAUCUCCCUCUUUGGGACACCCCAAGAAGAGCUUGUGUCAGUGCUGGGGCGCCUGCCCACACGCCCUUGCCCUUUUGAGGACUCUGGGUUGCCUUAUUUGCUACAGACUGUUGGGAUCCCCAUCUAGGGCACCAAGACCUCCUAAAGAGUCAAUGUUUGUGAUCACAGUGCCAUGCUGUAAAAUACUGAGUGGGGCUCUCCGCUUAAGCUGUGACGACUAGGAACCCUGCAGAGAAGUCUAGGGUCUGAGCCCAGAGAUUUAAGGCUGAUGACAGCCCAGCCAUGUAUCACCACUUGCUCAUCAGAUGGACUUUCCUUUGGUCCCUGUUGUCCAUGGUGAAGGGCAGCAUAUGUUGGUUGCUCCAACUUCUCCUCCAUCCCUGGAGGCAGGGGCUCAUCCACCCACCUGACUGGAACCGCUGUCUCAGCUGGAGUCCCUGAGGAGAUGCCACACACCACUCUCAGAAGAAAAGUAUUCUGACCUUGCUGCUGAAUGUGUGCCAGGUCCUGGGGCUACCCACCUACUACCCCCAGGCUGCCUUCAACAGAGGCUCCAUGAUCCCACUCGGUGAGAGGACCCCCUCCCCAGUUACAGGCAGAGGAGAAAGGGACUCUGGAGUCAUCACCUGGAUUCCAAGUAUUGGGUGGUGGUGUCGCUGCAGCUUGCCACUGAUGGACAUAGGGUCCUGCCUCUCACGAUAAAAGGCCAGGACCAUUUCUGCUACUUACAGGCCAUCUCAUCAGGGACUGCAAGAUGAUGCCCCUACAGGGCCGGGACUGAUGUCUCUGCCCCCUUUCCCCCGUACCCCUCGCUGAGCCUGGCCACCACCAGUGAACUGUCUUGACAUCAUGGAAACUGGGCAGCGUCCCCCCACACGUUUCCCUCCCGCCCCCCCUGCGCCCCUGGGAGGACUCUGGCAGUGCCGUGCUGACCACCACGCCGUGCGCCCACCUUUUUUGCCAACCCAACCCCCCACCAAUUGCACAGCGCCUAGCAGGGAGGGCUCAUUCUGAUUGGACCGGCGGUUGACUAGAUACAGUACACAGUGAGGUGCGAUUGGCUGAACUGAAGAUCCCAGGUGUGAGAUGGUACCUGGAACAUUUGUCAUAUUCCUAGUUUAUUUUCCUCUUUAUUUUCUUCUUUCUCCUCUUUUUUUAAUCUUUUAUUUUAAUUUUUUUCUUUAUCUUUUUUUCUGAUUUCUUUAUUGGAUUUGUUUAUUUAUUUGGUUCAUGUUUUUCCUGUUUUAAUUAAGACUUUUUUUUUUUCUCACUAACUUACCCAUCGAGAGCGGCCUGGCUAGGGGUCAGGCUGGCCCUUAACGGAGACCAAGGAGACUUGGUUAGACGACACAAACGGGGCUGGGGGGUGGAUGGGGAAAAGGGAUUUCAUCAAGAGGGUUCCUGCCCUACCCUUUAGAAGGGUGGUAGGUCUUAGUUUUUCCAGAAAUAAGCACUUAAAUCUAAAAUGCUCUAUUCUCUUUUUUGCUCUCUCUCUUCCUCUUUUUGCUCUGUCCACAGUCUUUCUCCCACUGAGUGUUUGGGGCAGAGACUUGCUCAAAAGCAAGUUUGGAAGUUUCUGGUCCUUGGCAGAGCCCCUAAGGCAUAAGCCCUGUUUGGAGAAGAAACAGUAAAGGCUCUGCUAGAGCUCCAUACAGUGGUCAGAAAGUCUGAAACUCCCUAGGGCCAGUCUGCCCUGCAUAAAAACUUGUCUUUACCAAAGACACCUUUAAAUUCUUUCUGCUGGCAAUUGGCUCAGGAGGCUCAUCUCCAGUGAGUCUGGUGCUGCCGUCCACAGUGUGGUGGGCAUCUGGGCAGUCUUAACAGUCUGCUGCCCAAGCCACUCAGAGCCAAUGUCAGUGGAUGUCAGGCUGGGCACUGAGAAGAAGAGGAGGGUUAUGUUGUCAAAGUGCCAUCCCAAAGUUGGUUUUCCUUGUUUCCUUGUGUUUUCCUCGAGUUAGCAAGGAAGACCUUAGAAGGACCAGAUGACCCAGCUCUGGACAUAGCUUGUUGGGCUUGGCAUCCUCUCGACCAGUAGAGACAGUGGAAGAGGGCAUGACCAAUGCUUUUAAAGGGCUGGGAGGCUACUGAAAUUAUUCUUCCAGCUUAUUUCUGGUUAAGCUAAUACAUAGGUGUGGAAUGGACUAGAUGACUUUUCCCUGCUGUGAUGUUUGGUUUUAUUUUUUUCUCUAACUUGCAUUGAUUCUGCUUCGUUUUUGCCGUUUGCCGCUUCUGUUUUGGUCUCUGUCUGUCUCUGUGUCUCUCUCUCUCUGUGUCUUUGGAGCCUAUGCUAAGACUGCCCCAUCUAACCUCUUUCCCCCCUCUCUGUGGGGUGUGUCUCUUUCUCUUUUUUCCCCUUUUCUUCUCUAUACAGAGCUCGCUGCCCAAAUCAUUCAAGAGGAAGAUCUCCGUUGUCUCAGCUACCAAGGGGGUGCCAGCUGGAAACAGUGACACAGAGGGGGGCCAGCCUAGUCGGAAGAGGCGUUGGGGAGCCAGCACGGCCACAACACAGAAGAAACCCUCCAUCAGUAUCACCACCGAAUCACUCAAGAGCCUCAUCCCCGACAUCAAACCCCUGGCGGGGCAGGAGGCUGUUGUGGAUCUUCAUGCUGACGACUCCCGAAUCUCUGAGGAUGAGACAGAGCGUAAUGGUGAUGAUGGGACCCAUGACAAGGGGCUGAAAAUAUGCCGGACCGUCACUCAGGUGGUGCCUUCCGAGGGCCAGGAGAAUGGGCAGAGGGAAGAGGAGGAAGAAGAGAAGGAGCCUGAAGCAGAAGCCCCUGUACCUCCCCAGGUCUCAGUAGAGGUGGCCUUGCCCCCACCUGUGGAGCAUGAAGUAAAGAAAGUGACUUUAGGAGAUACCUUAACUCGACGUUCCAUUAGCCAGCAGAAGUCGGGAGUUUCCAUUACAAUUGAUGACCCAGUCCGGACUGCUCAAGUGCCCUCCCCACCCCGGGGCAAGAUCAGUAACAUCGUCCACAUCUCCAAUUUGGUUCGUCCCUUCACUUUAGGCCAACUGAAGGAAUUGUUGGGACGUACAGGAACUCUGGUAGAAGAGGCUUUCUGGAUUGACAAGAUCAAAUCUCACUGCUUUGUAACGUACUCGACAGUAGAGGAAGCAGUUGCCACCCGCACGGCUCUACAUGGGGUCAAAUGGCCCCAGUCCAACCCCAAAUUCCUCUGUGCUGACUAUGCUGAGCAAGAUGAGCUGGAUUAUCACCGAGGCCUCUUGGUGGACCGUCCCUCUGAAACUAAGACAGAGGAGCAGGGGGUACCACGGCCGCUGCACCCCCCGCCCCCGCCCCCAGCCCAGCCACCACAGCACCCCAGGGCAGAGCAGCGGGAGCAGGAGCGGGCGGUGCGGGAACAGUGGGCAGAGCGGGAACGGGAGAUGGAGCGGCGGGAGCGAACGCGAUCAGAGCGCGAAUGGGAUCGGGACAAAGUUCGAGAAGGGCCCCGUUCCCGAUCACGGUCCCGUGACCGCCGCCGCAAGGAACGCGCAAAGUCUAAAGAAAAGAAGAGUGAGAAGAAAGAGAAAGCUCAGGAGGAACCACCUGCCAAGCUGCUGGACGACCUUUUCCGUAAGACCAAGGCAGCUCCCUGCAUCUAUUGGCUCCCACUGACUGACAGCCAGAUUGUUCAGAAGGAGGCAGAGCGCGCUGAACGGGCCAAGGAGCGGGAGAAGCGGCGAAAGGAGCAAGAAGAAGAAGAGCAGAAGGAGCGGGAGAAGGAGGCGGAGCGGGAACGGACCCGACAGCUGGAGCGAGAGAAGCGGCGAGAGCACAGCCGGGAGAGGGACAGGGAGAGAGAGAGGGACAGGGAGCGGGACAGGGGAGAUCGAGAUCGGGAGAGGGACAGGGACCGGGAACGAGGCAGGGAGAGGGACCGCAGAGACACCAAGCGCCACAGCAGGAGCCGGAGUCGGAGCACACCUGUGCGGGACCGGGGUGGGCGCCGCUAGCCGCUAGCCGGGAGAACACUAGGGAGAGCUGCAGGCACCGGCCACCCUGCCCCAGGGGGCUUCAAGGCCACAGAGGGAUAGGUACAAUCUCCACCACCCUGGAACCAGGGGUCUUUCACACCAUUUGCCCAGUGCUGAAGUCUGGCUGCCACCUGUCCCCACAUACCAAAUGGAGCAGUGGGCAUCUUCCCACCCUACCCCCGUAAUCUAUCUCUUGGGACUUAGCCCUCUCCUCCCUCUCAUUUCCCAUUAAGUCUGUGAGAGGGAGGAGCUAUGUUAGGGAGGGAGGUGGUUGGCCCAGAGCUGGGGAACAGCCAGGAGCCCCAAACCUCUCUCUCGUUUUUCCUCCAUCCUGCUCACCACCUCCUUUGGUACUUGCACCCCCCUUUUGGGAACAGCCGGGGCCAGGACUGGGUCACCUAUGAGCUGAAUCAGCAUCUCCUCCUGAGUCCCAGGGCCCCUGCAGUUCCCAGUCUCUUUGGUCCUGCAGCCCAUGCCUCCUGCCCACCGGUUCCACUUUAUAUCCACCUUUUCCUUUUGUUCAAUUUUUAUUUUUAUUUUUUUUAUUAUUAAAUGAUGUGGUCUAUGGAAAAUAAUAAAAUUGACUUAGUUUUAA